UCUCCCUCUCUUUCUCCACCGAGGGUGUACCAUGUCGUUCAACAACAAGCAUGCCAAAGUGGGGCUGUGCGAGUUCCCGCAGGCUGUUCUCAAGCAGAUCCAUCCCUCGCUCUCGCUCUCUCAUGCUGCGCUGCGGUGGACGACGGCGCUGUGUAUGGACAACGGCCGGCGGAUGAUGGCCGAGGCUGUCUUUCUCUCGCAGGCGAACAAGCGGAAGACUGUCGACUCGCGGGCCAUCCAGACUGCCGUCCGGCUGAUUCUUCCGGGCGAGUUGGCGAAGCAUGCCGUGUCCGAGGGCGUCAAGGCUGUGCUCAAGACUGCUGCAGAGGCGCUUGGGGCUGGAUCGAUGCGUCUUGGAUCGGGCGCCAUUAUCUACGCCUCGGCCGUCAUCGAGUACCUCCUGGCAGAGUGCCUGGAGCUGGGCGGCAACGCCGCCAGGGAUGACCAGGAUGCCGCAGCUGGCGACGGUGGCGAGACUGCCAUUUCCGUCAUGCACCUGGCCAAGGCAAUGAUGAACGACGAGGAGCUGUUGCUCUACCUCGGGGGCACCCAUACCUCGUGGUUCGUCGAUCCGAUGGGAUGGGGCGAGUACUAUCCGCGCCCUCAGCCCAUCGCCUCGGUCGUUCCGGCGGCGUCCGUCGCCGACUUUCUCGCCGCCAACGACGACGUCAUGCACCCGACUGACCCGCCUGCGAUCCGGAGACUGCCCAUGCAGCGAGUCAUCCGCGAGGUGGCGCAGGAUUACAAGUGCGACUUGCGAUUUGAAAAGGCAGCCAUUGCCCUCAUCCACGCAGCCGUCGAGCAGUUUGUGGCCGAGAUGUUUGAGGCCAUGCAGGCUGAGGCCUGUGCCCACGGCCGAACCACUGUGACUUGCAGGGAUCUCCAGGCCGCUCGUUGCCAACUCCUGCCCAGUGCCGGCAUGCUACAGCAUUACUUUGUGGAGAACAACCCGUUCCUCGCCCCUAUCGCUGUCGCCGAGGAGCAGGCGAAGUUGUCCCAGCAAGGCGACGGACCUAGUGCCAACAGCCAGCCGUCCAAGUUCUUCUCUUGAUUGCUUACACUCUAUCCACCAACCUAUGGUGCGGUUGGGCCCGAUCCAGCUACAAUGCGACGAUCCGUAGUAAAUGUGUGGAAAUAUCUCUGA